UGUACCAUCAUCUUCUAAGACGAACGACAAGGAUAAAGCCAUGCACCAACUUAACAAUAUCGGAAACAAUUAACUGCGUUGACCACUCGUUUGCGACUCUGUGUAUGCUUUUUACCGAUUUCUCAAAACAAAGCAAUGGCGACUGCAGUGACCGACAGUGUGAAGGACGACAUCUUGCAACCUAUUAAGGAGGCCAAGACCAUCGACGAUCGUGGGCUGCGUUCCGGCUCGGCUUCUGGGGAAGUUCUCCGGCUGCAAAAUGUUAUUAAGGUCAAGGAUAAGGAGCUUGAGGAGGCGCGAAGGGAAAUUACAGCAUUGAAGGCGACCCUCAACUCCAAGGACAGGGCUCUUACCCAGAGCGAGCACGAGCUGCGCCUGGUUAGGGAACGAAAUACAAUCAUGGAGAGUGAGCUUGCGAAUAUGGCGAAGGAGCUCGCUUCGCUGAAGGUCGAGAAGCGUAAGGUGGAGGCCCACAUGACGAGUAUCGUGCGGAAGAGCGACAAGGAGCAGGCGAUGCCAGCGCUGCUGGCUCAGGAGAAGGCGGCGGUAGCAGCUGGCCACGGAAGCGCAUCCAGGGUAGGCCUUGCUUGGUUGACGGGCGCCGCGGCAGAUGCAGGCGAUGGGAAGAAGCAACACCACAUGGGCAUCUUCCCUUGUGACGGCAUGCAGCCAGUGCGCAGCAGCAGCGGCGGCUCGGAGGGCAGCGGCGGCCACGGUGGCGCCGGCCCGCUGCCCAGCUGCGAGCAGAUGGCUACCAUGCAGGCGGAUCUGCGCAUGGCCCGCUUGGACGGAGAGAAGACGGCGGAAGGAGUCAAGGUCCUGGAGAACAUGAUUCGCGCCAAGGAUAAGCACAUUGUUCAGCUGCAGCGCAAAGCGGAUGAGGCAGACGCCCUGCGUGACAAAUGCCUGGAGGUCGAGAACCGCUACCUCGAGACACUGAAGCAGCUGGAGGAGCAGCGGGCGGCAUGCAGGACCUCGGCGGACGUCAUCCUGCGCCGCGAUGCGGACAAGACGCGUCUGCUUGCGGAGCUUGAGAAGACGCGCGCGACGCUGGAGGCGGCCCAGGAGACGACGGCUCGCACCGGGGCCAUGCUGAAGGCUUCCGAGACGCGGUGCUCCGCUCUGGAGCAGGAGGUGGGGGUGCUGGUGGGGCAGCUGGCUCGCACUUCGGCGGUGGCGCAGCGGGUGGCGGUGGCGGAGGUCAGGGCAGGCUGCAAGGACGAGGGCACUGUGCACGUGACUCGGCACCUUGAGGAGAUGCGGUUCAUGGGCGGGGAGAUCGCCCGCCUGCAGGAGCGCAUCACGGCGCUGGAGAAGGAGCUGGCGGUCGCACACGAGCUUAAGGAGCAGUACCGCACCAUAUCCGAGAUGGCAGGCGCCUCCUCGCCUCGCGCCUUCUCACCGGGCGCCUCCUCCCCGGGUGCCCCGCCGCACAUUCCCCGCCCCGGCAGCGCCCGCAUCACCGCUGCACCGCGGCGGCCCCCUGUGUCUGCCAUCUCCCCGCGCCCCACCUCAGCCCCCCGGCCUGCCAACCCUGUCCGCGCCAGCACCAACAGCAUCCCCUCGACCCGGAGCGCCGGUGGCGCGAUCUUGAGGGACGGCGCCGCUGAUGCCGGCACCACUGCCAGCGGCAGCACCACCCCAAGGGGAUCUGCGGUGCGCGCCAGCGGCUCCAACACGACGCCCCGUCCUUCGUCUGCCAGGCACCAGGCCUGGGACGGCCAGUCGCCGACCAAGUCGAAGACCACGGGGUCAGCUGCGGCGUCGCCCGCCACUGCCCGCUCGACCAGCUACGUGUCGCGUACGGCCUCGAGUGGCAGCGCGCGCACGAUGACUACCAAGCUGGCGAAGCUGGCGUUGUCGGCGGGAGUGGUUGCGGGCUCGACGGCAGCGUCGCCAGCGCCGGAGGAGGGGGCUGUGGUGGCUGUGGUGAGUGUUGGCGGCGCGGUACAGGCUGAGGCGGAUGUGAAGGGGGUGGAGGGGGUGCUGGCUGGCGGUGAGAGCGCUGCUGAAGUGACGGUCUAGAGCUGCGCAGGGGAGGCGGACGUACCUGCGUUUCCGUACGUCCCAAGAGUAGGCGGCUUAGGGUGGGUGGGAAAGUCUGGCACGCAAGGCUUGGAGCUAUGCGUUCAGAUGGAAGAUUCAUUUAGUUGGGAGGACGUGUGGCUUUGUUAACUAUUGCGGCAGCCAGGGUGCAGCUACAUGCGUUGCAUCUGUCGCUCCUGCUGGUGCUAUUUUCGCUGAUAUGCAUUUGUUACGAACUUCUCUGGGUACUCGUCACGCGGUGGGCACCGGCGUGUAUUCAUAAGCUGUAGACUUUGUAGCACUUUGGACAUGUCACAUAGUUACAAUCACGAUGUCUGGACCGCAUUCUUCUCGUGAUACUGGAGUCGCACCUUUACCGUCGUACGUUAUCAAUCUGGUACAUGACCAGUUAUUAGAGAGCCACAGCCGUGAGGUUUGGUUGGUUAUCGUGAGUUAACGAUAAUUUGCAUGCGGCUGUAGCAUUGGUUGUGGAGUUAUGGAUUCGCUAUACACAGUUCCGAUUAGGCCUGACUCGUGUUGGAACGGUUUUUGCUAGUUUGCCCACCGACUUUUAACGAUACCGUACCGUCCGCAGCAAGCAUCGCUGCGUCCUUGUAGGGAACAUUGUGGCGGUGCUCGUGACGUGUGACCACACUCCUGAUAGACGACGGGGGUUCAUUCAUGUUUUGGCAACACCUACGCGUGUGACUAGGAGUGUUGCUUGUAGUCAUGCUUGUUGCCUAGUGCGCUGACUGGGCAGGACCCUACGACGUCGAAAUGGUGGAUGAGAGGUGACCCGCCGCUUCCCUACGCCACAUCAUGUUUCUGCGCUUACUGCGCAAGUCGUUUUGGUCCAUUCAUCCCCACUGUACGGCUGUCUGGGCCCCUAAGGUGCUGUAUUCAUUCUAACCGUACAGUAUUCAUGUAGAGGAUACUGGUGUGUCGUUUUAGUGUACCGUACGUCUAGGUCUCCCUUCUGGGUGAACGUUGGCUGACCACCUCAAGGUGCCCUGUGGUGCCUGAUGCGAGAUGCAGGCCAUAGUUAACUUAACCGUUGGCUAGGGUGGAAGGAGCCCAUAGCACGGGGGGAAAGGACGGCUAGGUGCCAUAAACGGCAUCCUUGUAAUAUUAACACCCCA